GUCUGUCGAGGUGCACGCAUGCGCAGUGUGCGGAGCAGGUGUUCAAGUGGGCGCGUCGCAGGGGCCCGCGGUCCCGGUGCAGUCAUGACGGAGGGAACGUGCCUGCGCCGUCGCGGAGGACCCUACAAAACCGAGCCCGCGACGGACCUCAGCCGCUGGCGGCUGCACAGCGAGCUGGGGCGGCAGACGUGGACGCUCGUCCCCGAGGGCGAGGCGCCGGCGCGCGCGCAGAGCGGCCUGGAGGCGCACGCGCUGGGGCUGGACACGAAAAGUUACUUUAAGGACUUGCCCAAAGCGCACACCGCCCACGAAGGGGCUCUGAAUGGUGUAACGUUUUACGUGGGGCUGCAGGCUGAGGACGGGCACUGGACGGGUGAUUAUGGCGGCCCACUCUUCCUCCUGCCAGGCCUCCUGAUCACGUGCCACAUAGCACGAAUCCCUCUGCCAGCUGGUUACAGAGAGGAGAUGGUGCGGUACCUGCGGUCAGUGCAGCUCCCUGAUGGCGGCUGGGGCCUGCACAUUGAGGAUAAAUCCACAGUGUUUGGGACUGCACUCAACUACGUGGCUCUUAGAAUCCUGGGUAUUGGGCCGGAUGAUCCUGACCUGAUACGCGCCCGGAAUGUCCUUCACAAGAAAGGUGGUGCCGUGGCCAUCCCCUCCUGGGGGAAGUUCUGGCUGGCCAUCAUGAACGUUUACAGCUGGGAAGGCCUCCACACCCUGAUCCCUGAGAUGUGGCUGUUUCCUGCCUGGAUGCCUGCACACCCCUCCACUCUCUGGUGCCACUGCCGGCAGGUCUACCUGCCCAUGAGCUACUGCUACGCCACCCGGCUGAGCGCCUCAGAGGACCCCCUGGUCCUGAGCCUCCGCCAGGAGCUCUACGUGGAGGACUAUGCCAGCAUCGACUGGCCAGCACAGAGGAACAACGUGUCUCCUGAUGAGCUGUACACACCACACAGCUGGCUGCUGCGCACGGUGUACGCGGUCCUCAACCUGUACGAGCGCUUCCACAGCACUCGCCUGCGGCGCUGGGCCAUCCAGAUGCUGUAUGAGCACAUCGCUGCCGAUGACCGCUUCACCAAGAGCAUCAGCAUUGGCCCGAUCUCAAAAACCAUCAACAUGCUUGUGCGCUGGGCUGUGGAUGGCCCUGCCUCCUUUGCGUUCCAGGAGCACAUCUCCAGGAUCCCUGAUUAUCUCUGGUUGGGCCUUGACGGUAUGAAAAUGCAGGGCACCAAUGGCUCACAGACCUGGGACACCUCCUUUGCCAUCCAGGCUCUGCUGGAGGCAGGUGCACACCACAGGAGUGACUUCUUGUCCUGCCUGCAGAAGGCACAUGAAUUCCUGCGGCUCUCACAGGUCCCAGACAACCCUCCCAACUAUCAGAAGUACUACCGCCAGCUGAACAAGGGUGGCUUCCCCUUCAGCACCCUGGACUGUGGCUGGAUCGUGGCUGACUGCACAGCUGAGGCCUUGAAGGCUGUCCUGCUCCUGCAGGAGAAGUGUCCCUGUAUUACUGAGUGCGUCCCCCGAGAGCAGCUCUGCGACGCCGUGGCUGUGUUGCUGAACAUGAGGAAUCCUGACGGAGGCUUUGCCACCUAUGAGACUACGCGUGGGGGGCGCUUGCUGGAGCUGCUUAACCCCUCGGAGGUCUUUGGGGACAUCAUGAUCGACUACACAUAUGUGGAGUGCACCUCAGCAGUGAUGCAGGCACUGCAGUAUUUCCACAAGAACUACCCAGACCACAGGGCAGCAGAGAUCAAGGAGACCCUGGAGCAGGGCUUGGCAUUCUGCCGGCAGAAGCAGUGGGCUGAUGGCUCCUGGGAGGGCUCCUGGGGUGUUUGUUUCACCUAUGGAACCUGGUUUGGGCUGGAAGCUUUUGCUUGCAUGGGGCACACCUACCAAGAUGGGGCUGUCUGUGCAGAGGUCUCCCAGGCCUCCAACUUCCUGCUGUCCUGGCAGAUGGCAGACGGAGGCUGGGGGGAGGACUUUGAGUCUUGUGAGCAGCGGCGUUACGUGCAGAGUGCCCAGUCCCAGGUCCACAACACCUGCUGGGCCCUGAUGGGACUAAUGGCUGUCAGGCACCCUGACGUGGAGGCCCAGGAGAGAGGAGUCAGGUGUUUGCUUGAGAAGCAGCUCCCCAAUGGCGACUGGCCGCAGGAGAACAUCUCUGGGGUCUUCAACAAGUCCUGCGCUAUCAGCUACACGAACUACAGGAACGUCUUUCCCAUCUGGACACUCGGCCGAUUUACCAGUCUGUACCCUGAGAGAGCCCUUGCUGGCCACCCUUGAGAGCUACCUGCCAAUGAUACAACAUGAAAGGCAUCAUCCACAAAGGAAAUAAUUGAUCAGCUGGACUUCAUUAAAAUUUAAAAUGUCUGCUCCGUGAAAGACAAUGGGCAAGAGAAUGAAAAACCAUAUUCUGUGGAAAAAUAUUUGCAGAAGACAUCUGAUAAAGGACCUUUAUCCAAACAAAACUCCUAAAACUUAAGAAAACCAACAACCCAAUUUUAGCAAAUGACCCAAAGACUUUAACAGACCUUGCCAAAGAAAGGUAUACAGAUGGCAAACAGGCUUGUGAAAAGAUGCUUUACAUCAUGUCAUCAGAGGAAUGCGAAUUACAGUGGGAUACCCCUAGCACACCUGUUGGAAUGGCAGAAAUCCAGGACACCAUACCAAGUGCUGCUCUGGAUGUGCAACAACAGAACUCUGGUGGGAAUGCAAAGUGGAGCAAUCACUUGGGAAGACAGUCUGGCUCUGAAAGUAUACAGCCUUACUGUACUACCAAGCUCUCACACUCCUUGGUAUUUAAUCAAAGGAGUCCACAGGAAAUCCUUCACAAAAACUUAGUUUUACCCAUAAUUAAACUUGGAAGCAGCCGCAGUAGAUGAAUGGAUAAACUGAUACUCGAUGGACUAUUCAGUGCAAAAAAAUGAGUUAUCAAGCCAGAGAAAAACAACCGUGAAGUCUCGCCAAGUGAAGUCAGCCUGAAAGGGCUGCAUGCUGUGUGUGACUGCAGCAGGUGACAUUCCAGACAAGCCACAACUGUGCAGACUACCCAGAGAAGUGGUAGGCAGGGGCUGGAGGAGAGCUAAGGAUGAAAAGGCAGAGCGGGGCUUUAUGGCCCUGAACUGCUGUAUGUGACUGUAAUGGACGUGUCAUGUCAAGAGGAAGCCUGGUGAACGCUAGGCGGGUGAUGAUGAUGUGCCAGUGCAGCCCACUGACCAACAAGUGGGCCCUCGGGUGUUGGGAGUGAGGCUGUGCACGUGUGGGAGCAGGGUGUACCGAUUAUCUCCAUACUUUCCUCCCGACUUCUCUGUGAACCUGAAGCUGCUCUUUAAAAAGGCUUUUAAGAAGAUUAGUCCACAAGGGAAAUCAGAAAAUACUUCAAGCUGGAUGAAAGUAAGCAUGAUAUCAAAAUUUGUGGGAUGUAUCUGAAGGGUACAGUAAAUGAGUGAAAAGUUUAAAGUCUGCGCUCUAAGCUUCUACUUAAGCUUGAAGCCGAAAUAGAUGGGAGGAAAUACAGAGGUCAAAUACAAUAAAAUAAAUGAAACCAAAAAAAA